AAGCAGCCGCCUCAGAGACCUUCCCCAUGUGUAUCAUCUUCUUUAAGUUCGAUCCUCACCCUGUUUCCAAAAAUGCGUACAGAUCAACAGACAGAUCCUGGCUAGCUUCCUGCCAGCUGGGUUGUAGAGAAGAUGCUUAUGCAGGUAUGGAUUGGACCAAGUGGCUCCUCGGUACCUUCCAACUCUGAAAUUCUGUGAUUCUUUGAGGAUGGGACUGAGUAAACUUCCCCAGAUCCCCAGGAGCUUAAGCUCUCCUCCAUGACAUUGGAUGUAGACUCAUCCUCGCAGCAAAUAGAGAUGAAUUCUACCAUAGACCAUGCAAACUAGCCGAUUUCUGGGGGAACAACAAUGAGAUCCUUAGUGGUCUCGAUAUGGAAGAAGGGAAAGAAGGAGGGUCAUGGCUUGGAAUCAGUAAGAAAGGAAAGCUGGCAGCCCUGACAAAUUACAUGCAACCAAAGCUUGAUAAAGACGCCAAAGGCAGAGGUGAGCUCGUAACCCACUUCCUAACCACGGACGUGGACAGCUUCUCCUACCUGAAAAAAAUCUCCUCAGAAGCACACCUGUACAACGGCUUUAACUUGAUAGCUGCCGAUUUAAACACCACCAAGGGAGAUGUGUUUUGCUACUACGGAAACCGAGGUGAGCAAGAGCCUAUCAUAUUAACACCAGGUGUGUAUGGAUUGAGCAAUUCUCUCUUGGAGACACCUUGGAAGAAGCUUCAGUAUGGGAAACAGCUGUUUGUGGAUGUGAUCGACCAGAGCCAGGACCUCACCAAAGAAGACCUGAUCACUGAGCUGCUCAAAGUCAUGAAUAAUCAGGAAUGCCAGUUGCCAGACCCUGCCAUUGAAGACCAGGGCAAGGAUUAUAUCCUGCCCAUCCUGAAUAAAUACGCAGCUGUGUGUGUGCGCUGUCCAGGGUAUGGCACCAGAACCAAUACCAUUAUUCUCAUUGACGCCGAAGGGAACGUCACUUUCACCGAGCGCAGCAUGAUUGAUGGGGACGUCAACCAAUGGAAGACCAACACCUACAAUUUCCAGCUGCAGAGUGAAUAACUUUGCAUCUGAAUAGGCGCCGCUAAAAGAAAGUGAGAGAGCAGCUCCUGAGACCACCUUGUACAAAUCCCAGAACUAGGGGUGAUGGCAGCUGCUUCCACACCAUCCACACACCAAGAACCUCCGCACAGUCCCCAAGAGAGAAUAUUCCAAGUCAGAAUGUGCCCUGACUUUGCAAAAUUUAUUUAUUGCUUCUUUAGUAUUUCUCCUAAGUGUCCAGUGCAAACCUGGCCCUAAACUUGGUUAGAUGAUGGCGGUGGAGAUCAGCCAACUGGUACCUCAUCAACUGGCCACUCGCUUUAGAUGAAAACUCGUCAAUGGAAUCCUAACUUUCCCUAAAGAUCUGUGCAGUGACGCUGGAGCCCCCCUCACUCGGCACCCCAUACGGGGUGCCUGUGCCUGUGAACAUAAAGAAGGAAGAAGCUGAGGGGAGGGGGAGCCAGUCGUGUUUUCCAGACCAGACUUUCCCUCCUAAAUACAGUUUUCCACUUGGCUUAA